CACAAGAUGAGUUUUUUCCACCAUUUGUUAUUAGUCAUCUCAGGACAGGAUGCAACGCCUUUGCUGCAAAUGUGGAGUGCUUUAUUCUAGCAGAAAUAACGCACUAUGCCUGGAACAUGGAGGUGGCCAUGUCACCCACUGUUUCUGUUGUGCACAGCCGCCUCGCCUGAAAUGCAUUAAAUGCAACAUUUGGAGGGAAAUGGAUUUGAUGAAGGAGCAUGCACCUUGUCUGAAGGGGCCGCUGCACGUGUUUGUCUACUCGGAACCAUGGCCACCAUUUCCCGAUCAGGCAACACUAGCGUCACCGUUCAAGGUCGAGUUGGCGGCUGAAGAGCCUCAGAUCGAGUUGGGGAUUGAAGACCUCCAUAUCAAAUUGGAGGCGGAAGAGUUGGAGUCACCACAUGACAUCAUACAAACAAUUAGUGAUUCGGAUAAAGUGCCGGAAGUUCAAGAUGUGAAGCCACAAAUAAUUAGGAAAUCUCGUUGGGUGACCAUUCAUGAAAUAAAUCGGUGGUCCCAUUGCCAGCGCUGUGGUUUUGAACACUCCAAGAGUGAAGGUUGGCUUCGUCAUGCGCAAAUGUGCGCGCAGGAUCCCAAACAUAAGACAGACACGUUCUUCAUAUAUCUGCACACCAAGGCCUGGUGCGGCACCCUGGUGCAGGAUGCUUACUGGGAGAAACACACCGAUCCCGAGAAGGGCGACUGCGCAGUCUGCCGCAGCAGCCGCAGGUGUAAGAAACCCUUGCCAUAUCAGCCAAAGGCACCGCCGCGUAAAAAUCAGGCCAUCUUGGAGCAAGACCAUCGAGUCCGUUUCUUAAACAAUCGCAAAAAACGUCGAGCAUCGUUGUUAUGUGAUAGACCUUCAGAUCACCCUCGUGAGCGAAGACCAUCAUUACCACUAAUAUGAGCUAUGAUCAUAUAUAAAUAUUUUAUUUCAUGUAUGAAGAUAAAUUCCCUGUGCAUAUAAAUGUUUAUAAAAUA